AUCCUGUCUAAACUUUCUUUGCCCACUCGUGCCUGGGAACCAGUGAUGAAGCAGAGCUUUGCCUUUGACAAUGUUGGCUACGAAGGUGGCCUGGACAGUGUGUGCCCUCCUCAGACGGCCACCAGCACCAUCAGCAUUCUGGGUAUGACCUGCCAGUCAUGUGUAAGGUCUAUCGAGGGCAGGAUCUCCAGUUUGAAAGGCAUCGUGAGCAUUAAGAUUUCCCUGGAACAAGGCAAUGCAACUGUGAAGUACAUGCCGUCCAUUCUGAGCCUGCCGCAGGUUUGCCGUCACAUUGAGGACAUGGGCUUCGAGGCCAGCGUUGCAGAAGGAAAGGCUGCCUCCUGGCCCUCGAGGUCCUCGCCUGGCCUCGAGGCUGUGGUCAGACUUCGGGUGGAGGGCAUGACCUGCCAGUCCUGUGUCAGCUCCAUCGAAGGCAAGCUCGGAAAGCUGCAAGGGGUAGCAAGAGUCCGGGUCUCCCUCAGCACCCAGGAGGCAGUCAUCACUUACCAGCCUUAUCUUAUUCAACCCCAGGACCUCAGGGACCAUGUAAACGACAUGGGGUUUGAAGCUGUCAUCAAGAACAGAGUGGCACCCGUAAGCCUGGGACCCAUUGAUAUUGGGCGGUUACAGAGGACCAACCCAAAGAUGCCUUUGACUUCUGAUAACCAGAAUCUCAAUAACUCUGAGACCUUGGGCCAUCAAGGGAGCCAUGUGGUUACCCUGCAGCUGAGAGUCGACGGAAUGCACUGUCAGUCUUGUGUCCUGAACAUUGAAGAGAAUAUAGGCCAACUCCCCGGGGUUCAGAAUGUGCAAGUGUCCUUGGAGAACAGAACGGCCCAAGUACAGUACGACCCUUCUUGUGUCACCGCAGGGGCCCUGCAGAGGGCCAUUGAAGCUCUCCCACCAGGGAACUUUAAAGUUUCUCUUCCUGCCGCAGCAGCAGGAAGUGAGACAGGUAACAGGUUUUCGGCAUGUGCCGCCCCCGCCCCCGCCCCAAGAACCCCGGCACCGGGCAGGUGCGAUACUGUGAUGCUCGCCAUUGUGGGCAUGACCUGUGCAUCCUGCGUCCAGUCGAUCGAAGGCCUGAUCUCCCAGAGGGAAGGGGUGCAGCAAAUAUCUGUCUCUCUGGCUGAAGGGACCGCAGUGGUUCUCUAUGAUCCCUCUAUAAUUGGCCCGGAAGAACUCCGAGCUGCCGUCGAGGAGAUGGGAUUUGAGACUUCAGUCCUCUCUGAAAACGGUUACAGCAACCAUGUUGGAAACCACAGUGCAGGGAAUUCCUCGGCGCACACCACAGCUGGCGUACCUGUGUCUGUGCAGGAAGGGGCUCCCCACACUGAGGGGCUCCCUGGAAACCACAGCCCUGGCCGCCCGUCCAGGUCCCCACCAGCCUCUACCUCUGUGACAGCACAGAAGUGUUUUUUACAGAUCACAGGCAUGACCUGUGCAUCCUGUGUGUCCAACAUAGAGAGAAAGCUGCAGAAAGAAGCAGGCGUCGUCUCGGUGCUGGUUGCCCUGAUGGCCGGAAAGGCAGAGGUGAAGUAUCACCCAGACGUCAUCCAGCCACUGGAGAUCGCUCAGCUCAUCCAGGACCUAGGCUUUGAGGCGACGGUGCUGGAAGACUACGCGGGCUCUGAAGGCGACCUGGAGCUGAUCAUCACGGGGAUGACCUGCGCGUCCUGUGUUCACAACAUAGAGUCCAAACUCACGAGGAUGGCCGGCAUCACCUAUGCCUCUGUGGCCCUCGCCACCAGCAAAGCCCACGUGAAGUUCGAUCCUGAAAUCAUCGGUCCGCGAGAUAUUGUCAAAGUUAUUGAGGAAAUCGGCUUUCAUGCUUCCCCGGCCCAGAGAAACCCCAGCGCGCAUCACUUGGACCACAAGGUGGAAAUAAAGCAGUGGAAGAAGUCUUUUCUGUGCAGCCUGGUGUUCGGCAUCCCUGUGAUGGGUCUGAUGAUCUACAUGUUGGUGCCCAGCAGCACGCCCCACGAGUCCAUGGUCCUGGACCACAACGUCAUUCCAGGACUGUCCAUUCUGAAUCUCAUCUUCUUCAUCCUGUGUACCUUUGUCCAGCUCCUUGGCGGGUGGUACUUCUACGUCCAGGCCUACAGGUCUCUGAGGCACAGGGCAGCCAACAUGGACGUGCUCAUCGUGCUGGCCACGAGCAUCGCCUACACCUACUCGCUCGUCAUCCUGGUGGUGGCCGUGGCUGAGAGGGCGGAGAGGAGCCCUGUGACCUUCUUCGACACCCCCCCCAUGCUCUUUGUGUUCAUUGCCCUGGGGCGGUGGCUGGAACACAUAGCAAAGAGCAAAACCUCAGAAGCCCUUGCCAAACUCAUGUCUCUCCAAGCCACGGAAGCCACCGUUGUGACCCUUGGCGAGGACAACUUGAUCCUCAGAGAGGAGCAGGUACCCAUGGAGCUGGUGCAGCGGGGCGAUGUCAUCAAGGUGGUCCCCGGGGGAAAGUUCCCAGUGGAUGGGAAAGUCCUGGAGGGCAAUACGAUGGCGGACGAGUCCCUCAUCACAGGAGAAGCCAUGCCCGUCACGAAGAAACCCGGGAGCACAGUGAUCGCCGGAUCCAUGAAUGCACAUGGCUCUGUGCUCGUUACCGCCACCCACGUGGGCAACGAUACCACGUUGGCUCAGAUCGUGAAGUUGGUAGAAGAGGCUCAGAUGUCAAAGGCACCCAUUCAGCAACUGGCUGACCGGUUUAGUGGAUAUUUUGUCCCAUUUAUCAUCAUCAUUUCAACGUUGACGUUGGUGGUAUGGAUUAUAAUCGGUUUUAUCGAUUUUGGUGUUGUUCAGAAAUACUUUCCUACCCCCAACAAGCAUAUCUCCGAGGCGGAGGUGAUCAUCCGGUUUGCGUUCCAGACGUCCAUCACGGUGCUGUGCAUCGCCUGCCCCUGCUCCCUGGGCUUGGCCACGCCCACGGCAGUCAUGGUGGGCACCGGGGUGGCCGCCCAGAAUGGCAUUCUCAUCAAAGGAGGCAAGCCUCUGGAGAUGGCCCACAAGAUAAAGACCGUGAUGUUUGACAAAACUGGCACCAUUACCCACGGGGUCCCCAAAGUCAUGAGGGUCCUCCUGCUGGUGGAUGUGGCCACGCUGCCCCUCAGGAAGGUCCUCGCCGUGGUGGGGACCGCGGAGGCCAGCAGCGAGCACCCCCUGGGCGUGGCCGUCACCAAGUACUGUAAAGAGGAACUGGGAACGGAGACCUUGGGAUACUGCACGGACUUCCAGGCAGUGCCAGGCUGCGGAAUUGGCUGCAAAGUCAGUAGUGUGGAGGGCAUCCUGGCCCCUGGCGAGCGCCAGCGGAGCAAACAGGCCGCUCCCCCGGGCACGGUUGGCGGCGUUCCCGAGGAAACAGAUGAGACGCCCCAGACCUUCUCCGUGCUGAUUGGGAACCGUGAAUGGAUGAGGCGCAACGGCCUGACCAUAUCCAGCGACAUCAGUGACGCGAUGGCGGACCAUGAGAUGAAAGGCCAGACGGCCAUCCUGGUGGCCAUCGACGGUGUGCUGUGCGGGAUGAUCGCCAUCGCCGACGCCGUCAAGCAGGAGGCAGCCCUGGCUGUGCACACGCUCAAGAGCAUGGGUGUGGACGUGGUCCUGAUCACAGGGGACAACCGCAAGACGGCCAGAGCCAUUGCCACCCAGGUUGGCAUCAACAAGGUCUUUGCAGAGGUGCUCCCGUCUCACAAGGUAGCCAAGGUCCAGGAACUCCAGAACGAAGGGAAGAAAGUUGCCAUGGUGGGAGACGGGGUUAAUGACUCCCCAGCCCUGGCCCGGGCCGACGUGGGCAUUGCCAUCGGGACAGGCACAGAUGUUGCCAUCGAGGCUGCUGACGUCGUCCUCAUCAGAAACGAUCUGCUGGACGUGGUGGCCAGCAUUCACCUCUCCAAGAGGACCGUGUGGAGGAUACGCCUCAACCUGGUGCUGGCACUGAUCUAUAACCUGGUCGGGAUACCCAUUGCGGCAGGGGUCUUCAUGCCCAUCGGCGUCGUGCUGCAGCCGUGGAUGGGCUCGGCGGCUAUGGCAGCCUCCUCUGUGUCUGUGGUGCUCUCAUCGCUGCAGCUCAAGUGCUAUAAGAAGCCCGACCUGGAGAGGUACGAGGCCCAGGCGCAGGGCCGCAUGAAGCCCCUGACGGCGUCCCAGGUCAGCGUGCACAUUGGCAUGGAUGACCGGCGGUGGGACUCCCCGCGGGCCACGCCCUGGGACCAGGUCAGCCGUGUCAGCCAGGUGUCUCUGUCCUCCCUGAAGUCCGACAAGCUGUCCCGACACAGCGCCGCGGCCGACGACGGCGGGGACACGUGGUCUCUGCUGCUGAACGACCGCGACGAGGAGCAGUGCAUCUGA